CAAAUAUGUGCCUUAGGUGCCUCGGUAGUUGUCCAGGCAAAGGUCUCUUCCGGACGUGCGGGUCCUCGCGCUGGGUUGCCGUGUCCUUGAGGGAUGAGGAUUGAGGAUGACUCGUGUUCUAUUUCAAGGCAAAGCGCACUGCCAUUCUACUAUUUUUCUUAGGUCUGCCGCUACUCUCUCAUUUACCGUACGUUGCUAAAAUCUCGCUUCCGCUUUAGGGUUUUUAUCAUUUUCCCCAAUUAAUCAUCGAUCAUAUUCGACGUCUGUCUAUAUCAGAAAUCUCAAAUCCAUUCUGCUCUUGAUUUUGGCAUAAAGCUCAGAUUGGGUUAUUGAGAUAAAAGGGAACGCAACCAGACCAACGGAGCUCUGAUUCUCUGCUUCUUUCUUCUGCCUUUCGACGGUACCAAUCUCGACCUGGUAGUAGGCCCUAAUAUCCCUUCUUGUCUCCGCGAUGAAUUCGCAGAUGCCCGUGGCCGCUGUUGCUUCGUGUCCCUCUCUUCUUUCUUCUUCCGGAGCGCCCUCGUUCUUUUCUUGGUUCGGGGGGCGCGGCCACUGGUUCUAGGUCUAUUUGAUGAAGUCGACGCGAUAUAUAAUUCCGUACCUUAGAAGUUAAUUGAGCGCUAUUUAAGUUUUAAGGGAUGACUAAUGAAAUCACCCGUUAGUUCUCGGGAGAGAAAUUGGGCGUUCUUUGCACCACGUUGUCUUUUGGCCGAGUCUUGCAAUGGUUAUUUGUGCUGGAUUAUCAGCAAAGGGUUGUCUUUCUGAAUGUGAUCUCUCAUGUUUCAGCCUCACAAGCUUGGUUGGUUUUGCUGUUGAUUAAUAGUGUGUUCAUUCUGCUGUUCUCUUUGGGUCAUGUUGAUCUGUUCUAUACUGCUUUGGCUAACUCCGUCAUCAUUCAUUAGAAUCAAAGAACUCUGUGAAGAUUUCUUUUGAUUCUAAUUUUGAUCCUCUGUGCUACUUUUCUCAGUGCCGCAGCUGGCGAAGGUCCAAGAAAGUUGGGAUAUAACACAGUCGAAUACCCUGAAAGUAAAUUCUAUGUGCAACUAGUGAUUGUUCUACUAACAUGAGCAUUGAACCUUUCAACAGGUGAAAUUCCUUCUCCGCAGUUGUGCAAUUUCUUUAAUUUCAUUGCUGCACUGAAGUUUUUUCCUUCUUUUUUAAAAGGUUUUUGAUGUUUAGGAGUGCUGCUAUGGCUUCUUGUUUCUGGUUAAUUUAUCAUUUUCUUUCGUAGAAAAUUGAUAAAUAAAAUGGAACAAUGAAUAUAGGUUAGUGAAGCUUGCGGCUAGGGCAUUUUAUGAUGAUUACACGACAAAGGGGGAUAAUCAACAGAAGAUUGGGCGUAGUGACAAUAGAGGAGUGGCCGUGGUGAUCCUCGAUGCUCUCACCAGGUAAGAAUUCAACAUCUUAUUUUUUUUUUUCUUUUGAUUUAUUGUUAUUCUCUCAGAAGCUAGAUAUAGAUUCAAUUUUUUUUUACUGGUUGGAUACCUGUUCUUCUUCACUCAGGCAUGGUUGUAUGUAGCGAUACAUAUCAGGGCUGCCCUGUAAAUACAAGGAAUUUCCAAAAUAUUGAUUUCAAUUGCUCAGUGCUAGUGGCAGGAGUGUUAACAUACAUGCUUGCCUCCACUGUUUCACUUAUAGAGCAAGAAUUUUCAUUAUUGCAUACCAGCAUUUGUUACUGGUACAUGUAUUUUGUAUGCUGACAUUUUAGUGUAAUGUCUAGGAGAAUUACUAUUCAAUAGUCAAUGUAAUUAAGUUUCAGUUUUUAAUUGUUAUAACAUAGACGGCAAUGGGUCAGAGAAGAGGAUCUGGCGAAGGAUUUAAAAAUACAUACAAAGCAACUCCGACGCACUCUACGGUUUUUCGAGGAAGAAAAGCUGGUCACUCGUGAUCAUAGAAAAGAGGUUGCUUUUUAUUUAAGCUCAAGUUGACUAUUACAUGUUGGAUAGUGUUUGCAUGUGCUGCUUUGUAUCAGUUAGUCAUUGCCAUUACUAAUUAGUAUUUAGUAAAGAUUAGUGAUUGAUUACACAUGAUAAAUUUGGAAUAGUUAGUCUUAGAGAAAGCCUGUAUGUAUAAGAGGAGUUCACCACCACUCAAGAGGUGCUUUUAUACUUAUGGCUCAUAUCUUCCAUUACCAGAGAAUGUAGUUGUUCCUUGCUGAUGUGUGUGAAGGUUAUUGUCUAUUGCAAGCUAAAGUUUGUACAAAGAUCCCAAUACUAAAUGUGGUGGUUUUAUCAUUGUGUGUACUAUGUUUGGUUACCUUUCUUUUAACAUUUGUAUCCUUCAAUUCAAUAUGUCUACUGCCUUGCAAAUUUACAGAUGUUUAACCCUCUGGUUUUGUAUGUUUUCUUAACUACAAACUGGAACCUGACGCUGAUAGAUAUUAUUGUAUGUUGAAAGUGAGAUUUAUGACUUUAACUCGGAAAUGAGCUUACUUAACAAUUGAAUAACUUUGAUGACAAAGUGUACAGUAGAUGUUUAUGUAUUGCCUGCUACACCCAAUUGAGCUAGUUACAAAUAACAUCUUCCUUUAUAUGUCCGUUUUCCUUAAAGUACUUUGUUUGGUGCUUAAAUUUUACUACAUAGACGGCAAAAGGUGCAAAGUUAUAUACUGCUGCAGUAGCUGCUACUACUGAGGUUCAACAUAGUAAAGGAGAGGAUAAGGUUAAGCUACACACACACUCAUACUGCUGCCUGGAUUACGCACAGGUUCCUCUCCCAUUUUUGUCCUUCAUCUGUCUGUGGUUUAUCCCUGCAUGCUCAACCUUUCGUUCUGCUUUUUUGAUUUGCCUGUGCACUAUAUACAUUAUGAAUUGUGCUGCUGAAUAUCUGAGGUAGAAUUUGCAUGGCAGAUAUAUGAUGUUGUCAGGUACAGAAUGCACCGCAUGAGGAAGAAGUUAAAGGAGGAUUCGGAAGGAAAAAACACAAUUCAAGAGUAUGUGUGUCCCAACUGCGGGAGAAGAUACAAUGCUUUGGAUGCCCUGCGAUUGGUUUCCAUGGAGGAUGAAUCUUUCCAUUGUGAGAAUUGCAAUGGUGAACUUGUGGCAGAGAGUGAUAAGUUAACUAUUCCAGAAGGAGGAGAUGGAGAUGACAAUGCAAGGAGGCGAAGGCGUGAACAAAUAAAGCACAUGCUUCAGAAAAUGGAUACGCAUCUUAAGCCACUAAUCGAGCAGCUGAACAGAGUGAAAGAUAUCGCUGUUCCUGAGUUUGGAAAUCUCCUAGCAUGGGAAGCUAGAGCAAGUGCUGCCGGUCGUGCUAGAAAUGGUUCUGAUUCCAAUGAUCCUUUCCAGACAUUCCAAGGAUAUGAUGGAGCCCCGUUACCAUAUCUUGGGGAGACAAAGGUUGAGGUUGCUUUUUCUGGUAUUGAUGGCAAGGAAGAGGAUGCCAAAUCUGAAAGUGCAGGCGCAGCGCUAAAAGUAUUCCCACCAUGGUUGAUAAAACCAGGAAUGAACAUCACAGAGGAGCAACGAGGAGAGGUGAAGCAGGAGUCGGAGAUGGUUGGCAGCUUGUCCUCAGGGUUCUCAGAUGACAAUAAAACUGUCUCUGAAGAUGAUGAGAAAAAGCUUUUACAGCGACAUGAGCUAGAAGCUGCAAAUAAGCAACAGGAGGUGCUGGAGACAUCCGAUUGGAAUGGUCCUCCAGAAUCCUCACCGCAACGUCAAGUUGGGAUGAAGUUCAAACGUGAAGACGACGAGGGAGAUGAUGAUGUCGACUGGGAAGAGGCCCCGAUGAGAGGUGAGAGCUCUAAUUACAGGGUGCAUGAUUUGAACAAGGAAGCAAAGGCUACGCCAGAGGAUGAGGAUGAGGAUGAGGAUGAUGAUGAUGAUGAUAUAGACUGGGAAGAAGGGUAGUUGGCCUUGAAUCCAACAGUUUCCUACCAUGCUAACAAUUCCUUUUGUUUUUGUCCCAUAUAUUUGGGGGAAUAUUCCGGUAGGGCAAGUUGAAAUUUGAAAGCUGCUGGACCAAAAAAACUGCUGUUCUUCAAUCAAGUGCGCUACUUUGAUGGCGUCUUGCUUGUUGGAUUUGAAUUGGAUUUAUUUGAAUUGGAUUUGUUGCAUUUUGUAUUUGAAAGAUAACAUUGCUUGUUUAGUUGAUUUUGAUGAUGGAUUUAAAGAUUUUUGUACCAUGGCUCACAUAUUCAUCGCAACCAACUCUUGUACAGAUAGAACGACGGAGAAGAGAGGGGUACGCUUCAAGAAACCCACUCAGCUCAACUUCGCUGGCUCUCUCUGUCUUGGGGGCUCAAUCUCACCGGGGAUCCGGACAUGGAAAUUAAAGAAUAUCGAAGUG